ACACCUCAAACCCCAUCUCACGGAUCGACUCAUUCAUUACCCUUUGUGUUUUUUCUUCUUUCAAAAAACACACAACCCGUUAAAUCUCAUCACCUAUAUAAACCAUACCGUAGCCACAUCUCAUUCACACAUUUCUUCAUCUCAAUUCUUCUAAGAAUUUUUCUUUCGAAUCAAGAUGUCUGGACGUGGAAAAGGUGGAAAGGGAUUGGGAAAGGGAGGAGCAAAACGACACCGUAAGGUGCUUCGUGAUAACAUUCAAGGAAUUACGAAGCCUGCGAUUCGUCGUUUGGCACGUAGAGGAGGAGUGAAGCGUAUAAGCGGUUUGAUCUACGAAGAGACACGUGGCGUGUUGAAGAUCUUUUUGGAGAAUGUUAUUCGUGAUGCUGUUACUUACACAGAGCACGCUAGGAGAAAGACUGUUACUGCUAUGGAUGUUGUUUAUGCAUUGAAGAGACAAGGAAGGACUCUUUAUGGAUUUGGGGGUUAGGGUUUCAGGAUUUUCUGUUUUUUUUCUUGUCGUUUUUUAUUUCAAGUUUUAUGGGUUGGGAAAAGUCUUGCUGUCAAGAAAUUUUGGCAAGGUUUAUGGUUGAAUUUAGGUGGUGUUAACUUAGGUUAAGAAUUUAGGACUUGUGUUAGGUAGUUAACUGUUUCAUGGUGAUUCUGUUAUGUAACUACUAGUCUUAAUGAACAAGUGUUUAUGAUUUUAGAUUUUGAAAUUUA